AUGAAGGCGACCCUUCGCCCAACGAGCCUCCCUAAGUCCACACUGAGCAAGGCGGGGUCAGACCCGGCGCCUCUCUCCCGGCAAGGCCGCUGUGGCCGGAGCAGCUGCACUUCGGGGCGGGCGCUCUGUCGGCUCCUCCCCGGGGGCUGGCCGGGCUGCCUUCGGGUUCCGGAGGCAAGGCGAGGGCGGAUUUCCAUGGACUCGGCAGCGGCGCGGCUGGAAGCGGAGCGGAAGAGUCCGGCUUGGGGGGACUGCCGGCCAGGAGGACGCCUGGAUAUGAGCCACGGUUUCGUCAGGCACAUCAGGCGCAACCAGAUCGCCAGGGAUGACUAUGACAAGGAGAUGAAGCAAGCCAAAGAAAAGGUGAAGAAAAGACACACACCAGCCCCAGCCCGACCCAGAAAACCAGAUCAGCAGGUCUAUCAUCCACGUCAGAGAAGUAGAGCUGAAAUCACAUCUGGCUUGGAGUAUGAGGGCUCAAGUGAGAGUAGUUCCAGUACUGAACUAGACCCUUAUGGACCAGCACUCUUCUGCCUGGAAUAUGAGUCUGACAGUGGCAAGAUCACCUCAGUUGUUGUACACCAGGACAACGAUGCUGAUGAGGUGGUAGAGAAAAUCAGUGCCCAGAACCAACUGGAACCAGCUCUGCGUGAUGCCCUGAAGAAGCGGGUGCAGGAGGAGCUGGAGAAGCGACGGGUGAAGCGCUGAGACACAUUGGAGAUAUGUUGUUUGUUUGGCUGGAAAAUACUUUCUGCAAAAGGGGCAGUGAACUUGUUCCACAGUGUUUGGCUUGGAGGCUUCAAGAGGGUCAGGGAGUUAGCUGAAUCUUAUUACAGGUACCUGCUUCCUAGUAAUGUACUGCAACAUUGUUGUCAGUGCCUAAAAAGGAGUCAUUGGGAGAAGCUAGGGCAGCAGCAAGAGAAUGUCAGCCAGAAAUGGCGCAGGGACUUUUUGAAAGCUAUUUAGGAUCAGGAAGACAUAACCUAGUUGAAACCUAAUCAGAUGGUCUCUUGCAGCCCCGAGGAAUGGUCUCAUAACUAAACCCCUCUGUCAUGCUAGCCCAGCUUUAUCCCCUUUUGUGAGAUGCCACUGUUGGCUGUUGAAUCUCUAGAUUAGGUGAAUUCACACCAAGACAGAUGUUUCACAUUAUUGUUUUACAUUUUCCUCAGCCCAUUGGGUGGCACUUGAGCUGAGCAUUCAGUUUGCCUUGUCCGUGACCUGCAGGCAACUUGACAAACAAUUCCCCAGGAUGGUUGUGCUAUGAGCCUGGAGCACAUUGACUGGUGUGAGCAAGGGAAGUUACAAAGCAACAGAAAAGCAGUUGCUGAACUCUGCAGAAGUUAUUGAGCUUCCAUGGGGCUGUUGGUGGCAGUGAGCCUUGUAAUAUACAUCUGGUCCACACUCAGAUUUGACCCAUACAUAUAUCUUUCUACAAUAUCCUGUUUCAAAAUACACAGGUUCCAGAUCAACAUCUCAUUAAGACUGUGUAGCAUUUUCUUGGCAUUGAUAGGAUGUAUCAAUUGGCUGAGUUACAUCUGGCUUUCAGUUGAGUUCUCUAGGCUAAAAAUGAAUUUGCAUUGCUCUGCACUAAUAAAUAUUUUCAAAAACA